UCGUCAACUAACCGCAAAAUUGUCGAAUUUUCCAGAAAAAAAUUCACAGGAGAGAGAAAAUCGCAUUUUAGGGUUUCUGAACAUCAUCUUUACAAAUCAAACACCAUGAUUUACGACGUUAACUCUCAUCUCUUCCGUUCCUUCCUCAGCCAGAAGGGUGGUGCUGCUGAUAAGAGGAAAACAGAGGAUAAGCCAAAGGAGCAGAGGCCAAAAGCUAGUGAGAACAAGCCUGUGAUGAAUGAGUAAUUUUUGAGCUGAUUGGCGGACAAUUGUUUGAUGUUAGCAUGUAAUAGCUGUAGUGACAUGAAUUGUUCCUUUGUGUAGCAGCUUAUAAUUUGAAAUGGGAUAAGAACUUUUAGCUUGUUAUUAUGUGAGAAAAAGUUCUUGUGAGUUUGUUGAUUUUGAAGCUUUUGAAUAUCUGGUUAUUUCU